AUGGCAGCUACUAGCACUUGUUUGACCUUGACAAUAUUGGUGGUUUUUGGAACAUUAUUCUAUAACACAAACAAUGUUUCAGCUCAAUGUGGAUUUACGGCUCUAAUUCAUAAGUGUUCUAAGUUUGUUGAGACACCUGGACCAACAAUUCCACCAUCACCAGAAUGUUGUGCAGCCAUAAAAAGCUUUGAUCUUCCAUGUGCUUGUAAGCUUUUCACUAAAGAAUCUGAAAAGUUUGUUAGUAUUCAAAAGACGAUAUUUGUUGCAAGGUCUUGUGGAUUGAAAGUUCCUCCAGGAAUGCAAUGUGGAUCUGUGAAAGUGCCUCCAAAAGCAAUGAAGUGA